AUGGUCGACAUGAACUCUUUGGGCCGAGGGGCCUGUAUCCGGGCUGUACUCAUCCAUCGCUCCGUGACGGCUCAAGUCCUCGAUGUGAUUAUCCACGACCUGACCCUGCUGUUCGGUAAGCUGGACCUCUGGGUCAAUAACCUGGUUUGUCAUCAAGCUGACAUGAGACCGAGAAACUCACGGUCAAAUGUGCGUUUCGGGGAGACGGAGCUGCUGCCUGGAGAAGGUGUCACUGGUGUGAAGAUCCGUCAGCCUGUGUACAGGGGCUUCGAUGGAGACUCAGUUGAGAAUCAAGAUGUCCAGAACUGUACAGUCCCCUUGUGCUUGCCUGACAGUCAAUGUUCCUACCAAUCAGCGAUCAUCCAGAGCCCCAACUACCCAAGCACCUACCCAGCCAAUCGGGGCGUCUACUGGUUCCUCAAGCUGACCACUAACAUCAGUGUAGAUGCCGUAGUGAUCACCGUGGACGACUUCCACCUGGAGGAGGAUCGUGACUGGGUAAACAUCGGGGUCCAGAACCACUUGGACACCAGGACUGUGCGAGAGACUCUCACCGGGACCCUGAAGCGUGGGCAGACGUUCCGAAUCCCCUUCUCCUUUGGUUUCCAGAUCUACGUGCAUUUCCAUUCGGACAGCUCUGUGCAAUACAACGGAUUCCGAUUCCGAUACACUGUAGUUCCCAGGGACCCUCAGCGUGUCCAGAUAUUGAAGCCGACACCUUCCUCGGUGUUGUUGAGGUGGGACUCAUUGGUGUCCACACCCGCGGACAACAUCACCUAUAAGGUGUACCACGGUCUACUUGGUGAACAGACAACACUGACUGGAGUCCAAUUGGUCACCGGUACUCGGGAAUACAACUUAACCGGGCUGAUGGCAUCCACCUCGUACUUUGUUUACGUUGUUGCUUUGGUGAGCUGUGGGCAAGAAGGUAUCGGCCAUCUGGUUAACUUCACCACUGUGAGCAAUGGUCCGGGUGAUGUCCUACACCAGUGGGUCGAGCUGAGGGUGACGCAGGUGGAGUGUGGCACUGUCUUCAUGAGCUGGACCACCUCCAAAACAGUCAGCAGCCGUGUGACCGGAUAUCUGGUCCGCACUGUGACUGACGCGGGUAUGCAGGUCAAGGCAACCCAGCGGAGGUAUGUUACUCUGAGGGACCUGAGGGCAGAGCUAGACUACAACAUCACCACCACUGCUGUCACUGAUCAAGGGGAGGGUCCAGUGAGCAACCAGGUGACCAUCCAACUCCAGAGGUGUGAACCAGGAGAGCCAGCACCAUCUCUGACUCCAGUGCUGGCCAGUGAGCUGAGGUACAACAUCCGAUCCCGCUCUCUCCUGAUCCAGGUCCCACCCCGCCUGCUUCUAGAUCGGAUUGCGUUGCUGCUCGGACAGACCCUCACAGUGUGGGUGCUGACGGUGGAGGAUGCAGCCGGCAUGGGUCUAGCCCCUGAGGAUGUCCCUGAUGCCCAGGAUGCCACGCACGGACAGACAGAUGUCGGCGGGAGUGGGGUCUAUGUAGCCCACUGUCAUCGCUGGUGCCACCGUUCCCCAGUGCUCCCAGACCCCCUUAGCAGCCUCGGAAUAUUCCAGCUCGGAGGUGGGGAGGCGUGCCCUCCAGCCCGGGCAUGCAACGGGCCGCUCCACAGCAACACAACCUACAGGGUUCGCUACGUGCUUGUGGGCAAUGGGACUCCAGUCUUCUUCAGCCAGUGGUCGGAGCCACUUACUACCAGCACAGUUCUUCCACACCAGGAGAUCCAGGACGGGCGGCGAGCCUUGUCGCCAACCACAGUGACCGUCUGCAGCCUGCUCGCCACCCUCUGUCUGCUGCUGCCACUCUGUGUGCUGGGCGUGAGUACCUGGAGAUACAAUCGGACCAAACGGAGGUGGCUGGUGUGGAGAUCAUUUGUCCUCGGGUGCCUGAACCCCAUCCACCUGUCAGGGGCUGGAACUGCUCACGGGGAAACUGCCGCUGACUCCAGCACACCAGGAUAUGAAGAGGGAACUCCUCGGCACUGACACUGUGUGUGGGUUCCCCUCAGGACUCAGGACCAUCUCAUAUUAUUCCAAGUUUUGAGGUCACUGAGGAAAUGUUGCUGUGUUAUCCAUCGGGGAAGCUCUACUCAUUAUCAGUCUGACUACUGUGAGAUGCUCUGCGUAAUGCAGCCACACCGUCAAAAUCUCAGUCCCAGCUUUUCACAUCAACUGUCCCCCAACAAGAUUCCCUCAGCUAAGUUUCUGGAAUAUUCCAACUGCCCGAUCAAGAGUUAAGGAGGGACCUGAACUUGCAAGAGAAAGGAAGAUUCACUUCUAGACCCACGUUAAAGAAGGAGAUCCGUUUCUAGAUCCACAUUAGAGAGGGAGAUCCAUUUCUAGAUGCACAUUAGAGAGGGAGAUUUACUUCUAGACCCACGUUGAAGAGGGAGCCCCCACUUUAAGACCCAUGUUAGAGAGGGCGAUCCACUUCUAGUCCACAUUGAAGAGGAGACACACUUCUAGACCCACAUUAGUGAGGAAAAUACACAUGUAGGUCCAAUUUAGAGAGGGAUACCCACUUCUAGAUCCACUUUGUAGGAGACCCGAUUCUAGAGAAACACCCACAAAAUGCUGGAAGAACUCGGCAAGUGAGGCAGGUUCAAUGGAAAUAAAUAAACAGUUGACAUUUUGGAACAAGACCCUUAUUUAGGACUGAAAAUGAAUGGGGAAGACACUAGAAUAAAAAGGUUAGGGGAUGGGAAGGAGGUCUAUUUAGAAGGUGACAGGUGAAGCCAGGUGAGUAGGAAAGAGCUGGAGAAGAAGGAAUCUGAUAGGAGAAGAGAGAGAAGGAAAGAGGAGGGGCACCAGGGGGAGGUGAUAAGCAGGUGAGCAGAAGGUAAGAGACCAGAGUGGGGAAUAGAGAUGAUGGAAGGAGAAGGGGGAAAAAUUACUGGAAGGAGAUAUUGAUGUUCAUGCCAUCAGGUUGGAGGCUCCCCAGAUGGAAUAUGAGGUGGUGUUCCUCCACCCUAAAAGUAGCUUCAUCAUGGCAGAAGAGGAGGCCAUGAAGCAACAUCAGAACAAGAAUGCAGAUAGGAAUUAAAAUGGUUGGCCACCAGGAAAUUCCAGUUUUGGUGGAUAGAACAGAAAUACUCAACAAGGUGGUCCCCCAAUGUACAUCAGGUCUCACCAGUAUAGAGGAGGCCACAUUGGGGACACCAGGUACAAUAAACAACCCCAACAGAUUUUCAGGUGAAGAGUUGCCUCACCUGUAAAGAUUGCUUGGGGAUCUGAAUUGAAAGAAGCAAGGAGGUGAAUGGGCAGGUGUAGCAUUUCUGUCUUUUGCAGGGAUAUGAACCAGGUGAGUGAUUAGAGGGAUAGGAAAAAUGGACAAGGGAAACACGGAGGGAGCGAUCCCUGCGAAAAGAGGAGAGUGGGGAUGAGGCAGAGGUGUGUUUGGUAGUAGGAUCCCAUUGAAGAUGGUGGAAGUUGAAGAGAAAUACGUGUUGGAUGCAGAGGCCCAUGGGGUGGUUGGAACUCUCUCCCUGCUAUUGCAGUGGGAAGAUGGCCAUGGAUGUCCAGAAAUGGACGAGAUGUGGAUGAGGUUAGCAUCAAUGGUGCAGGAAGGGAAUCCGUUCUUUGGAGAAAGAGGACAACAGACUAGAAAGGUAAGUAUUAUCCUGGGAACAGGUGAGGUGGAGGUGAAGGAACUGAGAACAGGGAAUAACUCUUCUAGACCUAUAUUAGAAAAAGAGAAGCACUUCAAGACCCAUAUUAGAGAGGAGGACCCACUUGUACAUGGAAGACAUCCUGAGUCUCUUCAAGCAAAUGCAUCCGCACUUGCCCCUCUAACCAGAGAUUCUUCUUGCCCAGAUAAAUUCAGGAGUUUAAAGUAACUACUCUUUGUGAAAUCCUGCUGAGAAACAUUUGCUUUUUAACUAAUUAAAGCUGCUUGGUAUUUUCAUAUCUCUUUGUGAGGAAGAAAGUGGAAGAUGUCAUCUGUGCCACAUAUACAGCGGCCAGUGCCUCCUGUACCUAGUAAAGUGAUCUCUGAGUAUAUGUUCAUGGUCCUAUACUGCUGUAGUCUGUUGACUUUAAUGUUCAACAUGUUGAUUUACUGUCCCUCUCAAUCCCAUUCUCCCUGUAACCUUUAAAGUGCAACAGCUACAUAAAAAGACAGAGCUGGCGGACAGUAAGGUGCAAGAUCAGAACAAGGUGGAUUGUGAGGUCAAAGGUCUAUCUGAACAUAGUUAAGGAACUGUUUAGUAGCUUUAUAACAUGGGGUUGAAGUUGUCCUUGAGCCUAGCGGUACGUGAUUUCAGUCGUUUGUAUUUUCUCCCGUUGGCAGAGGGGGGAAGAGUGAAGGAUUAACACAGGUAACCGGGUCAGAGGACUCUGCUGACAGCAGCACACCAGAGCCCCCUAUCUUGGUCAGCCUUUCUCAUUGUCCCCAGGUGUAGCCCGUCUUCCUGAUGUUAGCUUCAAGGUCGCAUCACCAGUGUACUUUUGCCAUCCUUUCUUCCGCUUUCCCUGGGGAUUGCACAUUAGCGCUUGCCUGCUGCUGUUGGUACUUGGCUAAUGCCAUCUUCUUUUCCUUCGUUUGGUCCUGGAUGUUAGAAGGUUAGUCAGCUCUGUGACUUCCACAGGCUUGCGACUUUCACCGUACAACUUCAUACGUCUUCGAGGCAAAGAUCCUUCCAAUCCCAGGGAUGAAGCCUUUGGAGUUUCUGUAGCUCUGGGUUUUUUACAGGAUAGGACUGCUAACCCCAUGCCUUAUCUUCCUCCUUUCACAGCCGUGCUUGGGACCGUCCAUGGCAGAGUUUGGGGUUAAUGUAGGGUUAGUGUAACUGGGUGUAUAACAGAGAACUGACGGGCCUAACUUCCAGUUUCUCUCCCAUGACCUAUUAAUCCAAGCUGGGUUGUUCUGUGGGUGCAGACUCUCCAGGGUCAUUAUCCAUCCUGGCAGCAGGGGGCAGCACAUUCCACUUCAUGGCCCUCAGAGUGGUGUUAAAGAAAUAAAACUGGUACUGUAAAUGGGUGAAAGGCAUUUUACAAUCCCAGUGUUUUGUUUACAAAAAUACAUUUAUUAUAAAUUCAAACCAUUACAGUACAAUCACAUUAUAAACAGAAAUCAGACAAUUCAUGAUUAACACAGACCAAACUAAAACAUCACCUUCUCAUUGAGGACGGUAUUUAUCUUCCACGGUGCCCAACAAUCCCAGAACACCUCUAUGUUACUCUUCAUCCACAUCUACCCGGGCACGAGCAUACCCCUUGAGUAUUGCCAGGCAGUCAGCUGGUCCGAGUGUUCCAGUACCCGUCUCUAGGACCCACAGAUAGCUACCUUAGCCAACGCCAGGAACAGGUUAACCAGGACAUCCCCUUCCUCCCUGCCCUCCCCUUACUGGAUGGGACCGAAGAUAAAGAGGGUGGGGCUAAAAUGCAGCCAAAAGGUGAGGAGCAGCCUCCUCAGAUAGGCGAGUAGGGGCUGUAGCCUCACACACUACAUGUACAUGGUCUCUUCCAGGCCUGAAAACUGACAGACAGGUGGGAGAUCCGUGUACAAAAUGUUACAGGGCACCUCUCUUGACGUAGCUAGUGUAGUCACAGUUGCAAGCAAGACUCCACAGACCACAUUGUCAUAAUGACGAGACCUGAAACCAUUUUUCUUUGGCUCUCGGGGCUUCCCUCUUGUCUGGACAACUCAAAUGGUAGGAAGGCCAAGUCUUCCUCAAUUAAUAUAGAACAUUACAGCACAGUACAGGCCCUUUGGCCCACAAAGUUGUGCUGAUCUUUUAACCUACUCUAAGAUCAAUCUAAACCUUCCCUUCUACAUAGUUCUCCAUUGUCUAUCAUCUAUGUGACUAUCUAAGGAUUUCUUAAAUGCCCCUAAUGUAUCUGUCCCUACUAUUGUGUAUUUAAUAUUUCAGUAGUAUUCUAACUAUAUUGUUUGAUUAAGCAUUGCUGUUAAUUUAAAUAUCUCAUUACUGGAUACAUGUAAAGGUACGUGAAUGACACACAUCAUCAUGUCAUACAUGCGCAUCUCACUGAAGUAUAAAUUAAACUAAAGAACAUACACAAGGUAUUCCUGACUCCAUGUUUUCCAUAAGACCAUAAGAUAUAGGAGCAGAAUUAGGCCAUUUGGCCCAUUGAGUCUGCUCCACUAUUUCAUCAUGGCUAAUCCAAUUUUCCUCUCAGCUCCAAUCUCCUGCUUUCUCUCCGUGUCCUUCAUGCCUUGACCAAUCAAGAAUCUAUCAACCUCCGCCUUAAAUAUACAUAAAGACUUGGCCUCCACAGCUGCCUGUGGCGAUGAAUUCCACAGAUUCACCACUCUCUGGCUAAAUAAGUUCCUCCUCAUCUCCGUUCUAAAACAAUGCCCCAUUAUUCUGAGGCUGUGUCCUCUGGUCUCUGGACUCGCCCACUAUUGGAAACAUUGUCCCCACAUCCACUCUAUCAAGGCAUUUCAUUAUUCAAUAGGUUUCAAUGAAGUCACCCCUCGUUCUUCUGAAUUCCAGUGAAUACAGGCCCAGAGCCAUCAAACGCUCUUCAUAUGACAAGCCAUUCAAUCCUGAAAUCAGGAUUUUUCCUUUCAGUUAGUUUUAUGUUUUGGAAUUACAAAACAUAACAAGUACCACCACCCCUGUUAGGGCGAAGCCUGCACCCACCAGUCUCUGCGUAAAAAAUCUACCCCUGACAUCCUCCUAAACUGUCAUCGAAUUGCCUUAAAGCUAUGCCACCUGGGAUUAUCCAUUUCCACUCUGGAAAUAUGUCUCUGACUGUCCACUCAAUCUGUGUUUCUUAUGAUCUUCUUCACCUUUAUCAAGUCACCUCUCAUCCUCCAUCACUGCAAAGAGAAAAGCCUGAGUUUAUUCAACCUCUCCUCAAAUGACAUGCUCUCUAAUCCGGGCAGCAUCCUGGUAAAUCUCUGCACCCUCUCCAAAGCCUCCAUAUCCUUCCUACAGUGAGGGGGCCAGAAAUGAACACAAUAUUCCAAGUGUAAUCUGCAACAUGGAGCUGCAACAUUACCUCAUGGCUCUUGAACUCAAAAGCCAGAUUGGCAGAUAAUCAGCUAAUACUGGGCCUACAAUCCAGCAGCCUGACAGGACAACGUAA